GAAAGUGAAGUGAGCCCGCGAAAUUUACCGCAUGUCAGUUCAAUUCGUCAUGGCGGAAUAUAUGGAACGUGGUGAGGAAUAUCAAAGAAAGAUUCCCACUGAAUCAAACUCCAGAGCGCACCGAAAAUGCAAGGAGAGACUUGACAGAUCCUGUCGAGAAUCGCCAUAUGUGAAGUUUAUGUUAAAGGCCAUGAGUAACCUAGGGUGUGAAGUGGAUCUAGAAAGACAUAUGGUAUGUGAACCAUGUGACCCAAAGCUGAUUGGAGGAUUUGAUCAUGAUACAAAGGAGAUGUUUUUAUGCGAGAACACAAUCUACACCCAAAAAGCAAUGGACACUGUUCUCACUCAUGAGCUGAUCCAUGCAUUUGACAACUGCAGAGUCAAAUACAAUCCAGACAAUGUGCGGCAUUUAGCUUGUACUGAGAUUCGGGCAGCAAACCUUAGUGGUGAUUGCUUUUUCUCAAGGGAGGCAUUUGGACGAUUCAAAUUCAGAUGGAAAGCUCAUCAGCAGGAGUGUGUCAAAGAACGUGCAGUAAAAUCUAUGUUAUGUGUUAGAGACAUAUCCAAAGAGGAAGCUCAGGAAGUUGUAGAGAGUGUUUUUGAUGCAUGUUUCCAUGAUACAGAACCAUUUGAGAGAAUUCCUCCCUGACUGGUGUACAGCUUCAGAAUAAUAAUAUCCAUGGACAAAAACAAGAACUAAAUUUAUUUCUAAUGAUGGAAAAGACACAUGCAUGUGAAUUUCAGAAGGAAACUUCAUAUUUUGUAAAUGUUGAACUCUUUGAGACUGUCUUUAAAGAGAUUAAACCCCACAAAACAUCAGCAUAGUAUACCAUUUCAUGGAAGAGGGAUAAAAAAAGAGGCUAACUUUCAGUCCAGGAUUACCACUAAGUGCUCUAUGACAACUGGUGCCUGAAGUCUGGAUAACAAGUUAUAAACUAAGCAAUCUCUUUUAAUACCACCCCAAAACUAAGUAUAACUAAGUCAAGGAAAAAUACUCAAAAGCCUUGCCUUCAAUGUUACAUUCACAGGGGUUUUGACAAUUAAGACUCAAGACAAAAAGCCAAGGAGGAGGGUACAGUGCAUCUGCACCCCCCCCCCCCCCAACCCCCUUAAGGGAGUGGCAAAGUGGCACCUCUUAUGUUCAUUUAAGUAAUGAGGAUACUUACUGUAUCAAGUUAUGUCAUAUCCAAACAAACAAGCUUUAAAGUGAGUCAACGUUUUAUUGCAAAGCUAGACAUUUGCUAGCAAUCUUUAUUUAUUUACUUAUUUUUUUCUUUUUUUUUUUUUUUUUUCAAAUGGAGCAACAGCUUUUGGGAAGUAAAGACUGGGAUGGGACAGAGUGUGUCUAGACCCAGUCCCUUCUCAUCCUGACCACGAUCAUGAUACAUUCGCUUUCCUUCCAGACACUGCUACAAAAUUCAGACAAUAAUAUGUAAGAGUGCAAACGAAAACUCAGGUGUGGUCACUAGCUCUUUGUUAAUUUAUUUAUUUGUUCUCAACACUGAAAUUGGUCUGAUAACAUGCAAAUUAAAUGGAAUGUUAUUCAACAGCUUGUUAUCCUGCAAUAAAUAAAUAUCCUGUGGUUCAGUGCCACUGUUGACCAAACAACAUA